CAGAGCUCAAGGCUAGCUGUCUCGGCGGAGGACACGUUUUCUAGGCAUGUUUUUAUGCCGUGCCAUGUUAUGGCUCCCUUCAUAAGACGCGUCCCCGGACUUGUAUCGAGUAUCAAGGAAGGUCCCGAGCGACUGCACUCGCGUCAACUACUAAACUCAUGCCCGGGGUUCAUCUUGUCGACGCCGAGUUCUCGGAGGCAUCCGAAUCCGAGAGGAUCUGUUAAUCGUGGUCGUUUAUUCUCGAGUCCGGUCAUACAACCCAUUGGGGCAGAAACAACCCGUCUUCGAAUAGGCAUCUCGCCUCUUUAUGGAAUGGCCUCGCUCGCUUCAGAGCUGCCAAAUCCUGAGCGUUUUCUUGAGCGGAGAGUUUUCAGGUGGCUCAGGAACGAAUUAUAUACAUUAUAUUUGUUGGAGAUGUACAGAGGCAGGAUGUAGGCAGGCUUGAUGGACAGGAAAGAAAGGCGGUUGCGCGUAUAUGACACGAGAGAUGAGAGUGACUGAUACAUAACGAUUGAAAGCAAUGCGAGAUAUCAUCGGGUUCGGUCGACACUAUCCCAGCUCGAACCCGACACCUCACUUCCUGCACUGCUCCAUCGCUCCAGAUCGUCGUCCACCGUCUCGUUUGGCGGCGACGUCAUCGUCGCGCCGAAAGAGUGGAAGGAGUGGUACUGGGAGUCCUCUCCUGAUACGGACAAUUCAGAAAAGGGAGAGGCAGGACGCGAUGACGCAGGGGCUGACAGCAGCUCCAGAUCAUGCUCCGAGUCGAGAUCGAGUGGGUGCGAAAGGGAGAGGCUGGGCACCUGGUACGGCGAGUGUGCGCUGGUGUGCGCAGAGUCAGAUAAAGAGGGGGCGACGUGCUGCGGAGAGACAGGCUGCGGGGUCUGCACCGGUGAUGGGAGGAGUGAGCUACCCCGGGGUAGUCCGCGGACAGACGGUUCCGGCGUUAAAGGCAUCAAGGGGGGUGGUGGGGCCCGGAGCGGGGUCUGAGAUAGCGUGCGGUGGGGUAAGGGGCUGGCAACGCGGCUGCUCAGAGUCGAGGUCGAAGCGGGGGAGGAGUCGUUCGUCAGCGCAUCACUGUGGUCGAAUAGAACGUGUGUGGCGGACGGCGACAUGGGCGAGUACAUCAGAGUAGGGUCUCUAGAAGGAAGACUGGAUGCCUAGAUAGAACAUGAGGGACAAGCUACGAAAUAAGAGGGGAGCGCACCUCAUUCGGCUUCCUAUGUCUCAAGCCUGCGGAGGGCGCAGAGCCCACUUGACUCCUCCACUGCCGCACCCCAUCGUCAGAGCGAUUCUCGAGCUCGUACAUGCUCUUUCCGUCGUUAUCCCUCGCGUUGAUGAGACUGUCCGUCUCAGUUUCGCUGCGCACGAAGACCGGGACUGCAACGCGGGCCGCAGCAGCCGCCUUCUUCGCACGCCGCUUCUCGAGAAACUCUUCAGCCCAUCGCUCGACCUUGGGUGCGAUGUGUGGCUCGUAGAUGUACUGGGAUCGGCGUCAGAUAAGCUUGACGGGUGGCCGGACGAGGGCGGCGAAGGUCCGGAGCUUGGAGUGGAGACGACGCGUGCAUACCUCUUUGAAGGCGAUGGCAGCUGCCACAGUCCCAAUCGCAGCGACAACGUAAACCGCUACGGGGGCAGGCAUGGUAAUAGGACAAGGAACUUGGGAUGGGAAGCAACACCACUGGUGGUGGUGUUGUGUCGUGUAUCUGGCUUCUGAAAAGGGGGUUUCUAAUCACAUUGACGCUCACGUGCACGCGAAAUGCAGGUCCUAGUUUCAUUACAAAGUUUUUCGUGACAACGAAUAUGGAAUGCAUUCAGCCCAGCCACUGGUCUGAUCUCAAGGACAGCAGCCCGUUUUCGAUAAAUUUCUUCAAAGCAGCUAACGCGUCCCUUUCGAGCUCCCAGUUAACCGUCGCUCCAAGUGGAAAGUCGAAUUUGAUUGAGCGAAGGGACGCCUGCCUCGCGUCGAUGAGAUCCACAGACUGACUCACGGUCAUAAAAACAGUCUGCAUUUGAAACAUGCUCUAGGUAUGCAAGGCGGGAACGACAUCAGCUUCAUUAGUGAGAAUGUCGAUCAGCCGGCGCGUCACCACUGUGUCGCCUUUGCUAACGUCGAGUUCCUGCAGUUGUGGAAGCAGAGGUAGAAUCCGGUUCCACUUCCACUCCUCAUCAUCCCUAUCGUGCACGACACGCAGUGAGGUUAUGGGUGCGUUUGAACGCCGGACGAAAUCUCGGAUAUCAUCAAGCGAACGGUCAAAUUCAACAAGAGUCAGCUUCGUGAGGGCAGGGGCCUCGAUAUGAUUCAGCAGAAUGCUAUUGGGCCACUGAGCCUGGGAACGGAGCUCCAGUUUGAAGAGGCAAGAGAAAACCAAUGGUGAUUUGAUCGCAGGAUGGUCGGUUUCUUCGCAUUGACCGUCCACAAGACAAAGGGACCUCAGCCGUGAUGCGCAAGAUUGCAGAAGCUCAAAGACAGUCCCCAUUUCCCGCUCGCUGUCCGCACAGAACAAAGUGAGAGAGUCGAGCGUUGCCCGCAGCGAGAGCACGAUAUCUCUCAUCACACUUCCGGGAAGGCGUCCCCCAAUACGAACAGUGUUGAUGGACGACGACUGUGAAAUAGGGUCUCGGAGGUGGUCGACGAGAUUGGCCAGGACGUUCACGUCGUCGGUGCCGAGCAGUCCGUGCGAAACGACAAGCGUUA